AUGGAUGAGCCAUAUGGUGAGAAGGAAUUUCUUAGCCCUAAAAAGGUGCAAUAUGAGGACAAUAUAUUGGAUUUCAAUUCAGCUGUCUCACUACCAGCGACAAGCAAACCUUUGGUGCCCUAUGAUCAAGCAAUGGAUGUUAGUUUGGAAGUCUCUUUUCCUUUGGAAAUGUCCAUGAAACUGGAAGCCCCCCCCCAACUACCAAAUAUCAUGGAAGUCUCUGACUACGCAGAAGACAUCUAUCUUUACUUGAGGGAAAUGGAGGUUAAAUAUAAACUGAAUGUGGAUUACACGAAGAAUCAGCCAGGUAGCAUUGACAACUUGAGGGUUCUCUUAUUGAAUUGGCUCAUGGUAGCAGGGCAAUUACUCAGGCUCCAAAAUGAGACUCUCCACUUGGCUGUGAACUAUUUAGAUAGGUACCUCUCUUUAGAGGCAGUGUUGCAUGAGAUGCUUCAGCUGCUUGGCAUUGCUGCCUUGCGCCUUGCCACAAAGUUUGAAGAAGCCUACCCACUCAGAAUAGUAGAGCUUGUUUAUGUCAUAGCUGGCCAAUACACUAAAAAUCAGAUCUCAGGAAUGGAGCACAGGAUGCUGCAAGAGCUGGCUUUUGACCUUUCGGUACCAACAAUCAAUCAGUUUCUCACUCAGUAUUUACUUAAUCAACAACAGCCCAAUUCUGAAGUGGAAAGUUUAGCAAUGUUUCUGGGAGAGUUGUGCUUAGUUGAUGCAGACCCCUAUCUGAAAUAUCUCCCAUCAGUUAUGGCAGGAGCUGCACGUCAUCUAGCACUCUACACAGUCACUGGGAAGAGCUGGCCUGAGUCAUUGGUCCAGAAAAGGGGAUAUACCUUGGAAAGUCUUAAGCCAUGUCUCAUGGACCUUCAUCAGACCUACCUCAGAGCAUCACAGCAUGCUCUACAGCCUAUACCAGAAAAAUACAGAAAGGCAAUGUAUCAUGGUACCAUUGUACUCAUCAAACCUUCAGAGAGACACUAA